AUGGCCACAAAAUAUGAGGGACCUGCAAUAGGAAUUGAUUUAGGCACCACAUAUUCAUGUGUUGCUGUAUGGCAGGAGCAGAAUGAUAGAGCUGAGAUCAUCCACAAUGAGCAAGGAAAUAGAACCACUCCCUCUUUUGUUGCUUUCACUGAUACCCAAAGGCUGAUUGGAGAUGCUGCAAAAAAUCAGGCUGCCACAAACCCAACCAACACUGUCUUUGAUGCUAAGAGGUUAAUUGGUAGGAAAUACAGCGAUUCAGUUAUUCAAGAAGAUGUUAAGCUGUGGCCCUUUAAGGUUAUUGCUGGUACUGAUGACAAACCCAUGAUUGUUGUUAAGCACAAGGGUGAGGAGAAGAAGCUUGUUCCUGAGGAAAUCUCAUCCAUGGUACUCUCAAAAAUGAAGGAGAUUGCUGAGGCCUUUUUAGAGUCAUCUGUGAAGAAUGCAGUGGUUACUGUGCCUGCUUAUUUCAAUGAUGCUCAACGAAAAGCCACCAAAGAUGCUGGCACCAUUGCUGGCCUGAAUGUUAUGCGGAUAAUCAAUGAGCCAACUGCUGCAGCUCUUGCAUAUGGCCUUCAAAAGAGAGCCAAUCUUGUUGGUGAGCGGAAUGUUUUCAUCUUUGAUCUUGGUGGCGGCACUUUUGAUGUUUCUCUUUUGACAAUAAAAGAUGAUAACUUUGAAGUGAAGGCCACUUCUGGGGAUACUCACCUCGGAGGAGAGGACUUCGAUAACAGAAUGGUUGACCAUUUUGUGAAGGAGUUCAAGAGGAAGAACAAAGAGGAUCUUAAUGGUAACCCAAGAGCCCUGAGGAGGUUAAGAAGUGCCUGUGAGAGAGCUAAAAGGACACUUUCAUUUGAGACUGAGACCUCAAUUGAACUAGAAGCUAUAUAUCAAGGGAUUGACUUCUGUUCAUCAAUCACUCGUGCCAGGUUUGAGCAACUCAUCAUUGACCUUUUUUCUAAAUGUACGGAGAUCGUUGAGAGGUGUCUUAAUGAUGCUAAGAUGGAGAAGAGUAGUGUGCAGGAUGUUGUUCUUGUUGGAGGUUCUUCUAGGAUUCCCAAAGUGAAGCAACUAUUGAAGGAUUCUUUCAAUGGGAAGGAUCUUUGCAAGAGCAUUAAUCCUGAUGAGGCUGUUGCUUAUGGUGCAGCUGUUCAGGCUGCUUUGUUGAGUAAAGGUGUUAAGAAAGUUCCAAACUUGAUGCUUUUGGAUGUUACACCUCUUUCACUUGGAACAUCGUUAGAAGGAGAUAUCAUGAGUGUGGUGAUUCCUAGGAACACUACCAUUCCUGUCAAGAAGACGAAUACAUACAUUACAGUUGAAGAUAACCAAUCCAGUGUCUUCAUUGACGUAUAUGAGGGUGAGAGAACAAGAGCUAGUGAUAACAAUAUGUUGGGCUUUUUUAAUCUUACUGGCAUUCCUCUUGCUCCUCGUGGUCAUCCUCUUUAUGUAUGCUUUGCUAUUGACGAGAAUGGUAUUCUAACUGUUUCUGCUGAGGAAAAAAUCACCGGUAGUAAGAAUGAGAUUACCAUAACCAAUGACAGUGAGAGGCUAUCAGCCAUAGAAAUCAGAAGAUUGAUUGAAGAAGCUGAGAACUACAGGGCUGAAGAUAUGAAGUUUAAGAAGAAAGUGAGAGCAAUGAAUGCUCUAGAUGAUUACAUUUACGAUGUGAAAAAACUUAUGAAGAACAAGUGUCUCACAUCUAAGCUUGCCCCAAUGGACCAAAUUAAGAUCAACUCAGCAAUUUUAAUGGGUAAAAACUUGCUUGAAGAUGCCCAGCAGGAAGAGGCAUUAGCAUUUGUGGAGUUUUUAAGGGAGCUUAAGAGAAUUUCUGAAUCUCCUAUGGCUAGGAUCAGCAAUGGUUUGACUGAUGAGGGUAGUGAUGAGGGUUAUUAAUAAUAGAAUUGUAGUCAUUUUCUUUGAAUGCAUUAAUUUCAGCUUUCUCAUGUUUAA